CCGCUGUGCUCCGUCAGAUUCUUUUCACUACAGACGAAGAAGAAACGCACAUGCGUGAACUUUCAGAGAGAGGCAGAAAAACAUGGUGGAGGAGAGUGACGUCCGCGUGGUUCGCUUCGGCGGCAGCAAAAUAAACCUUAGACCUCCGAUCAUCUCCACUGACUCCAGGUUUGUGUUGUGCACCUCUGGGGAUUCAGUGAAGGUCUAUAGCACACGCACAGAAGAGUGGCUCCAUAGUCUGCAAGGCCACACCAACCAAGUGACAGGCAUCGCCUUGAAUCCUGCCAAUCACCUGCAGGUUUACUCUUGCUCUGCAGAUGGCACUGUUAAGUUAUGGGACUUCAUUGACGGCAUCCUUAUCAAGACAUUUAUCAUUGGAUACCCUUUGUUCGCAAUAUAUGUGUCCGAGAAACAUGAGGGAAUUGUUUUUCUUCAUAUUGCCAUGGAUACAGAUUCUAAAAAGGAGGGUUUUCAGUUGGUUGCUGUACAUCUGCCCAAGUCAGCAGAGCAGGAGGUGGAAGCCAAAGAGCUGUCUGCUGUUUCCAGUCAUAUCAGCCCAAACCCCAGCUGCACGGCCUUCGGUAGAGAAGGGCAAUACAUAGCGUUUGCCAGGAAUCUCCAAUUAAAUGUUUAUUUCUUCAGGAAGCAGAAGACAUACAGUUUUUCCCUAAAAGCCACAGAUAAGAAAGGAGCCAAAAAUGCAUUUACAUGCAUAGCCUGUCACCCAACAGACGACUGCAUCGCCACCGGUCAUGAAGACGGAAAGAUCCGCCUCUGGAGAAACUUCAUUCACAAAAAAGAGUACACAUAUUCUACCCAGCACUGGCAUCACAAUGCUGUGAACACUUUGUGUUUUACUCCAGAAGGCACUAAUCUGUUGAGUGGAGGCAUUGAGUCAGUGCUUGUGCAGUGGCAGUAUGGGACAGGCAACAGGAAAGAGUUCCUGCCCCGUCUCGGAGGAUCCAUUUUACAUGUGUCAGCAUCAUCUGAUGGGCAGCUGUUUUGCACCUCUCAUUCAGACAACAAGAUCACAGUUAUCGAGAGCAGCUUCAAAGUGUGUGGAGUAAUUCAGGGUUUAGUUAAAGGAGAUGCCGUUUUGACUGAUCUAAUGAUUGACCCGCGCAGUAAAGCUUUAGUGCUGAAUGGAAAACCGGGUCAUCUGCAGUUCUACUCCCUGCUGCGUGACAAGCAUCUCUACAAUCUGGACAUAGUGCAGCAAGAAUAUAUUUAUGAAGCGGGUCUGGAUCAGUUUGAAGUGGUGAAGGCUGCCUUUGACAUAAAAGGGUAUUGGCUUGCUACAGUGGAGGAAAGGGGACAAAAGUCCGCCGAUCUUGAAUUUUUCCUCAAACUGUGGUCUUACGAUGAAAGAACACAAAGUUUCGUACUGAACACUACCAUCACUGCCGCCCACACGGAUCGGAUUAUAUCCAUGUGCUUCAGCUCUUCUGAGGAGACCACCAUGCUGGUGACCAUAGCAGAAGACGGCCAGUUCAAAGCGUGGUGUCAGGGUGUUGAUGCAGACACAAAACAGGACCAGAACUUCUGGUCAUGUGAUUUUGUGGGCAGCUACCAUAACCUGAAGCCCACAAACUGCAGUUUCUCAGCCGAUAGCUCUCUCCUGGCGGUGAGCUUCCAAGAAGUCAUUACCAUAUGGAGCCCGGACACCUGGGAGUUGCUCACCACCCUCUGCCAACCACCUGGAGUAAUAAGGGACCUUUGUUUCGGCCGAUUAAGCUGCUCCAAAUACUUGAUUUCCACGACCACCAGAAACCUUCUCUGCUGCUGGAAUCUUCUCACUUGUGCAUUGGAGUGGAGCACAUCUGUGGAAGUUUCCAAGCUGCAGUCAGACCCCUUGUCAGAAAAUGUGGCUGCUUUUUCAUACCAGUCUAAACACACAGACCUGUUUGUUUUCAAACCCAACGAGCCGAGGCCUCUGUUCACCCAUAAGAACGUGUGUUCAGAGAAGAUACAUCGUGCCGUCUUUGUUCCUCGAGAAGAGCCGUUAAACAAUUGUGAUGAAAGUUCUCAGUGGCUCAACAGAUCUCAACUGUACUUCCUCACCCAGAACAUGGAUUUAUUGACCUUCAGCACAGCAACUGAGGAGGACAGAAUGUUGUCUUCAAGUACACGGCUUGUCAUUGAUGACAGUGUUGCUGUAACACCAUUUUACCUGCUGUUGGGCAAACACAGACAACAGCAGCAGAAACUCAACACACCGUCCCAUCAAGCAGCUGACAGACCCCAACAGCCACAGGGCUCCGUUACCAUCACAGAAUUGUUACACACACCAGCUCACGUUCUACCUCCCGCGUCAGUCCUGUGCUCAAUGUUUGUCAGUUCCCUCCUGAUCUCCAACACUGGAGUUCUGCAAGACCCCCUCAGAAAGGAAAUGGAAUCUUCUGAGCAGGAAAUGAACAGUGAGAAAGAGGAAGAGGACUCUGAGGGGGAAAUGGAGGCAUGUGAUAGUCAGCAGGAGCUCAGAGUUCAGGGUUCAGUGGAUGAGGUGACACCGAAGCUUUCUAAAGCACAAGAGAGGGAAUUGAAGAGGGUCAGAAAGACUGACUUUAGCUGGAUGGCUGGCCUCAUUGCGUCCAAACCCUGAUGGAGCAAUUUCACAGUCCUGUUUAUGUGUUUUUGUUUAUUCAUCCCAGCUUGCUUCAGAUCCAGACAUUUGUUAAUUCGGACUGCAGCAGCCCAUUAGUGGUUUGAUAAGUGAUUCCUUUUGGAACAGAAAGGACAGCAAUUCUAUUUUGUAACUCUGAUUGUUAGAAAAACAAUAAUUUAUAAUGCCUUUUUGAACAUUGUACUGUGAUGUUGAAUCUAUUUCAGUAUAUUUGUGCAUUUUAAUGUUCAGUUUAUAACUUUUUUCCAAUUAAAAUAUUUAAACACCCUUGAAUCAGGAUACAUUUACUUGAGAGGCAAAUUGAACAUAUGUCUUGUUUUCUGAGAAACUGAACGAAAUAACUUCAACUAUCUGUCAAUGGGGUAUGUAAGCUUGUUUUCCUGUUGAGUUAAGUUGAUUUUUCUGAGACCUUUGGCAAUUAUUUAAACUCACUUUUUUUUACAAUGGCAGUAAAACAAGACUUCUUGUCAUUUUGCUUCUCAAGUCAAUGUGAUUGCACUGGAAAACUAAAAAAAUAAUGAGUAAUAAUCUUUUUGCUGUGUGAUCCAAAGGUACAGUAAAAGUUACUUGGUUUUAAAUGUAUCUUCAUAAAACUAUAUAUAUAUAUAUAUAUAUAUAUAUAUAUAUAUAUAUAUAUAUAUAUAUAUAUAUAUAUAUAUAUAUAUAAUCUAUAACUCUAGUGGUACCAUCUCAGAGUUACUUUCAGUUGUUAUUCUCUUUCUAUGUACUAAUGUAAACUACAGACAUGGUAAACAAUGUCAACCUAACUGCUUUCUGUUAAAUGUAUCAAAGGUCAUUGUUUUAUAGACUGAUAUUGUACAAAAUGAAUUGCUUGGGAUGCAAGUUA